AUGGGCGCGCGGGCCGGGGCGCUGCUGCUGGCGCUGCUGCUGGCGCGGGGGGCCCUCGGGGAGCCGGAGUCGCGGGAGGCGGACCUGUUGUCAGGGCCCUGCGGCCACCGCGACAUUCACCCACUGGUGGUGGGCAGAGUGGAGACAGUGCGCGGGCGCUGGCCGUGGCAGGUCAGCCUGCGCUUCGAGAAGAGCCACUGGUGCGGAGGGAGCCUGCUCAGCCGCCGCUGGGUGCUCUCGGCUGCGCACUGCUUCCGAACGAACUAUGAUCCUUCCAAGUGGUCGGCGCAGCUCGGGGAGCUGACUUCCAAGCCAUCUGUGUGGAGUGUGCGGGCCCACGCGAAUCAACACAGGGUGCGGGACAUCAUUGUGAACUCCCGCUACAAGGAAGUUUUUUUAUUCAACGACAUAGCCCUGCUUGAGCUGGCCACCUCUGUCACGUACACUAAGUACAUCCAGCCCAUUUGUGUCCUAUCGUCCACCUUCAUGUUCCAGCACCGGCCAGACUGCUGGGUGACCGGCUGGGGGUCACUCAGGGAAAAUGAGACAUCUCUUCCACCUCCCUACAACCUCCGGGAAGGGCAGGUCACCAUCCUAAACAACACCAGAUGUAACGACCUGUUGGAACACCCCGCAGACCACAGUAUAAUCCAGAAUUCCAUGUUUUGUGCUGGUGUCGAGAAUGGCAUAGAUGCCUGCAAAGGUGACUCAGGUGGGCCCUUGGUCUGCGACAAGGAUGGACUGUGGUAUCUGGUUGGAGUCGUGAGCUGGGGAAGGGGCUGUGGUCGGCCCAACCGGCCUGGUGUCUACACCAACGUCAGCCAGUACUUCACCUGGACCCAGAUGAUGAUGUCCUGCAGUACACCCAGGCCAGACCCCUCCGGGUUACUGCUGCUCCUCACUCUGCUGUGGUCCCCCUGACUCCUGCAGCUGGUCUGAGUCCACCAGAGCCCAUGAAGGUGCAGUGGGCACCACAGCCUUGGCACACUCCUCUUGGGCCGUGGGCACAGCAGGGUCAGGGCUGCCUGCUGGACCUGGCUCCA